AUGCCUGGCCGUCCUCGCGUCGUGCGUCUACGUGCAUCUGAUGCAAUUUCUGAGGCCACAAGACCUUUAAUACGUCGGGAAGCCGUUAGUUACGCUCGAAAACUGGAAAUUGUGGUGCAUUACGAAACACACAAUAAUCUGGACGAGACCAUGUCUCUCUUUUUCCCGAACAUAUCAACGUCCCAACGUCGUGUUAAAAAGCAGCUGAUUAUGCGCUGGCGACGUGAACGGAAUAAAAUUGCAGCUAUUUGUGAGGCCGGAGGUGGCCGGAAGACCAACGACCGUAAGGUCGGUAUGGGUGCCACGUUGUCGGUCGAGGCCGAGCGACGUAUUGUCGACUGGAUGCAGGAGGAACAUGCAGCUGGCUACGUUGUGUCAGCCAAGAGACUUACAGAACGAGCGAUGGAAGCGGUAAAGGAGGAUCAUUUAUAUCCGGAAUGUUUUAAAGCCUCUUGGACAUGGAGACAGUCGUUUCUUCGACGACAUGGAUUUACACAGAAGGCUCAAUGGGGACAGAGUAUGUCCCAGGACACAUGA